UGUUAUUUGUGUUGCAGCUACAACAACAACAUCAACAACUACCGCAUCGUCUACAUAUGCAUUUUCAUCAACAACAACCACAUCGUCCGCAACAACUCUAACAAAAACUCCAACAACACAAACAACACCAAGUUCUUUCAUGACAACUUCCACGACUUCCAGUACGACAUCUCCUGGAAUUGGUGACAGUAAAAGCAGCGACGACAAUGCUGCUGCCUCCCAAAUCAUGUACAUUGGAGCAGGAGCUGGUGGAACUGUAGCUAUCGUCAUUAUUGUCGUCGUAAUCGUUAUCGUAUUAAUAAAAUGCAGAAGAAAGGCCAAUACUGGUGCACGGUACGAACAUAACCCACAAAGUGGUCUAGGCAACGAACGGUUCGAGCAUAGUGCCGUGUAUGGGGAUGGAGCUGUAACCUUCCGAACGAAAGUCGAAAAGCCAUACUCCGUGACGGGUGAUAUCGGAGGCGUAUCUCAUUACUCGAGAAAUGAAAACACAUACAGUACACUGCAGGUCGAAAACAACAUAUACGACACGAUCAAUCGUAUCAGUGAUUGUCCGACCACUGAUGCGCCUCCUCCACCAACUGAUUGGGGAUACAUGCCUCGAAGCUCUGAGCUCUCUGGUGUGUAUUUAACACCAUCUGAGGGACGCAGAUCAGUUACGAAUUCGUCUGACCAUUUCUCCGACAGCGGUAGUAGUGGUCAACAUUUUAACUGGCCGCGUUGAUACUUAAAAAUGACAUGUAUUUGAUAUACAUAUUUGCACGUUUUUGAAAUGGACGCCAUGUUAAUUUUUUUUUUGGCAAAAAUAAUAUUUUUGCUGCCUGUAAUUAGCAACCGUAGUUUGAGAAAAUUAGACAAUCAAAUACUUAAAUAAUUAUUUUAUUAAAUAAAAACAAGUAAAGUAUGUAAGAUCAAAUUAUUCAAAAUUAUUUAUUAACUAUAUGAUAGCAAUACUUUGUAAAUUUAAACAAUACUUGUGUGAAUACGUUUUACAACUUAAUAAUACUGUUUUAUAUCGUUGUGUUAUUUGUAAAUUAUGUCAUAGGUAAAGAAAACACGUUUGAUACACAUUUGUAUAUACACAAAGUAUAGGUUUUGUUUACUACGUUCUUAUAUGCACAACUGAACCGUUAAUGAGGAUUCGAUGAACAUUUCUAUGUUGUUUUUUGUUUCUGAUGAGACGAACAUAUUUUUCAUAUCAUCAUUAUAUGAACAUGUUGUUAGCAGUGAUAUAAUAUAAUCAAUAGAGUGAUAUUCACAUUUUUAACUCUCAUUAUAACAAAUCAAUGAAUGUAUUUCUACAAUUCAAUACCCAUGCUGUAGUCGUCUCAUUGAUGUGUAUAGGCCUGAAUAUUUACCAUUUGAUUGAAGACAAAUACAUAUGUAUAGGACGAUC